AUGGGGUUCUCCGGAGGUGGAUAUACUGCGCAAAUGGCUGCCCUUAACGCCCCCACCCUUGUUCGUCGUCUAAUUCUCGUAGCUACUACGCCAAAACACAAGGAUGCAUUUGUUCCUAUGUUCUUUACCACCUCAACUCGUGGCCAGGCCGCCGGACUUGCGGCUUGGGAGCGGAUAACCACAAGUCGUCGGAACCGUUGCGACUAUGCAAGCGUAGAGUCUGCGGGUGAGCAAGGUCUUGCAUGCUUCAGUUUUAAGAUCCAAACGGCGCAAAUGAGAGGUCUUAUAACCGGCUUCAAGAACUUCAAACUCUAG